CUACAACAAUCAACAAUGGUAUAUCCACGACAGCGCGAAGUGAUAAUAUCGGGGAGGAAUUGAUUGGGCGAUGAGAUCAUGAAAAAAAAAAUCCAGCAGUCCAUCGUAUGUGCGGAUGCACCAUCGCGCACCAUCCCUACUUAGUAGGUAGGCUAUGCAGCCCCUCUGGGAAGGAUCAGCGGGCGACUUCUGCUGCAGUGAUAUUCCAUCGCUCAUCGACCCCGAAGGUGGGACAUCACCGUCGAGCAUUCAAGUGCAGCCAUGACUACGUCUAUGGGGAAUUCCAAUCCCUUAGAAUAUACUGCCUCAGCUGUGGCCUUCAUCAGCUCCGAAGGCCCCGACAUUCAUCAAGGACUGGGGGGUUAUUCACAGUACAGCUUUCAGCAGGAUCGAUUCAUGCCCGUGAACUGUCAUAGAUCCCUCGAAGGACUCCUCCAACAGUAUCUACCGCUGAAUCUAGGAUUGCAGCUUCCGAAAAACGCCAAUGAACUCGAACAACUGUCCGAAAGACUCGCGGGCGCUGAAGAUCGAUACAACGGGGAAAAGAACGGAUUCUGGCAUUCCAUCUGGUACAACCUUGGCGAAGGGGAGGAGGUCAUUAGCAAUUGGAUCGGUCUCAUACCCAAUGAGUAUGGUCUUGCUAUUGUGAAGACUGGGCUGGCAGUCGUAUUCAAGCUUGCCGAAAGGUCUGCCGAACGACGACAGAAAAUCCUCAAUACGUUUGUCGCGAUCCGAAAUGCUCUCGCAAAAGCCGAUCCAAAAAGGCGAAAUUUCCGAGCCCAUAAGGAUGUCGCUGCUUGUGCGGAAAGGCUCACUCAGACCAUCACUCAGAGCAUCGAAGACAUGAUAAAGUUGACAUCGGCUAAGCCCUCCUGGCUUAAGAGGUUGGGGAAUGUCCCCAAACCGAAGCAAAAGACGCCCCAAAAUCCAGACUACAUCUUGGAAAGGCUAGCUAAGUCGACGAGGGAGUUCGAAGACGUCGUCAAUCUCGCACGGGAUAAUACAAUUGAGGCCACUGGAUACAUGGCCCAGUCCAUCACAUCAGCGCUGCCGGUGAUGGAUGACAACAUACGUGGGACGUAUAAUCGCUUGCAGACUAUGGAUCGCAAACAGGAUGUCCGAGACGAGGAGAGUAAAAUGGAACGUCAGAACCUUUACACCAUAAUUGAAGAACAUCAUGCGACUCUGCUUGGGAUGGCGAGGGAGCAACAUGAAAACCAGCUGUUGGCCCGAACCACGAUGGUCCACUUGCUACGUGAGACUAAGAGACUGGAAGCCGAGAACAAACUGCUUCGCCGCCAACAGAGAUUUACCCCCAAUUUCGGAGGCAUCAUUGAUGAAAUCCAACUUAUUGAGAUCCUCACCCUCGCACCAAGCUUUGCAGAUGGCGAGUCAUCAGACUCGACCUACAUGCUCCGCCAACCAAACGCCGACUUGCAGCUGGCGUUGACAUACAAGGGAAAAUUGAACCCGGAAAGUCUAAGGAAGGUUCAAACCGCAGUUGUGACAGAUACCCGUGUUCUGGAAUGGCUCCAAUGCGCUGAAUCCGACCUCAUCAUGGUCGAUGCGAAGGCCAUCAAUCCGGGCAUGACUAAGAUAUCCGCCAUCUCGGUAUUCAGUGCCACCUUUAUUACCAGCAUGAUAACCGCUCGCCCGGAGGAUGUGGUCGUUCACUAUUUCUGUGGACAGCAUUUCCGUCCCAAGGAUACUUGGCACGGGCCCAACGGACUCGUACGCUUCAUUGCAAUGCAGCUGCUCAUGAAGCUGAUGGGAAUGAAGCAGGUCAACCUGAGCUUCAUUAGAAGGGAAACUUAUGUUCGAAAACUGGAGGAAUGUGACACCUGGACUCUUUGUCAUCUCCUACACCGCAUAGUGGCACAGUUUCCCCACGAGAUGACAGUCUGCGUGGUUAUUGAUUCUAUCUCACGAAUUGAUACAUCCAGAACCUCUGACGAACUUGGAGUCGUGAUGGACCACUUGCACCGGAUUGUGACCGACCCAUCCCUCCGCCCAACUGUCAAGGUCUUGCUGACCAGUCAAAUGAAUACCAGUCGAACAUUACUGCAGUCAGUGGUCUUCCAGGAUGAUCCAUCUCGCAUUGUUCGCCUAAUGCCGAAUAAAAUUUCCCGACCUUUAGCAGACAUGUCUGGGCGAGUUGUUCGUAAUAUGAUGUUCUGAGAUAAAUUGAGUGGGGUAUCAUGCUCGAUCCUGAUAUGAGCCUCUUCUUGAUAAUAGCAGGUGUAGAUACAUGAAUUUUUCCACCUCUUUGAUACAUCAUAAUCCUCAAAUCUAAUGCUACCGUGUGAGACAGGUGAUGGUAUAUUUAUGAUCUUACUGGGAGUGUUCGGGCCUUACAACGGGAUCAGACGUGGGUUUUGAUAGAUAUCUGUGGGUUGCAUGGAGAGGGAUUUUAUUAAAAUAGAGAGAAGGAUUUAUCUUUCAUAGAAUAUAUUAUGUAUCAACG